AUGCUCACGAACUGUCAAAUCAACAAUUUCAAGCUAACCCGUCAGAUUGGGUCUGGUGCUUAUGGGCUGGUAUUCCACGCAGUAGACCUGAUUACGGAAAACGAAUAUGCCAUCAAGGCUGUGGUGAAAAAUGGCGCAUCACGCGAAAUCAAACAGGCCACAAUGCUGCAAACGCAGCUAUACUACUACUUCAAAUCGUUCCAAAAUCGUUUGUACUUACCUGCAAUCGCGUUGGACUCCAUAAUAUCGCUUACCGAGGAACAAUUACAACGGGCACCACAUUACCGCGAGCUCGCAUUGCAUUUGCAAGUACACGCUCAUCCUAACGUGGUGACGGUGCACCAGGUGCUAGAAUCACCAUUGGCAACCUUUCUGGUACUGGAUUACUGCGAACGCGAUCUUUUCACGAGUAUUGUGGAUCACCAACACUUCUCCAACGACGGUGCACUAGUUAAACGCGUGUUUCUGCAAUUGUGUUCCGUAUUGCAGCACUGCCAUGCCCGUGGCGUGUACCACUGCGAUAUAAAGCCUGAAAACAUCCUUUUAGAUGCACACGAUAACAUUUACCUGUGCGACUUUGGACUCAGCACAAGGGCUGAAAAACUACCUGCCAAUGUCUCGCUCGGGUCCAGUUACUAUAUGGCACCUGAACGUUUGUCCUGCCCGUCUUCGUUGCAGGUCGAUGGCAGCGCCCCUGCCACAGUCUUGUUCCCGACUUGGGCGGGAGACGUUUGGUCUUUGGGCAUAAUACUGAUAAAUCUAACAUGCAUCCGCAAUCCGUGGCUCAAAGCUCACCAGCUCGAAGACAACACUUUCAGCUAUUUCGUACGCGACCCCAAAGUACUUCAAAAGAUUCUGCCUGUCUCUGAACAGCUUUUUGGUAUUCUGAAAGAUAUUCUGCAAUUGGAUCCCGUAGCGAGAGAACCUCUACCGAGCAUUAUGGAUCGUGUCUCUGCCUGUACGUCUUUCACCGUAUCGGGUCCAUUGAGCCACGUCGCCCCACUUAGUGAUCCCGAGAUACACAACUAUCUCACCAACUAUCGCGGACUUACCAUUCAGCAAAUGCUGCACAACUACCACUCCGACGAGGACCUUAGCCGCUUCGACAACGAUACCGAAGCCACAAGCGAGGAUGACUGCUCCUACCAACAGCGCUUCGGCAAAGCAAGAUCUAGUGAAACCAAACAAUCUAGAGAGCAACGAAGCAAUGAAACCCCCUACCAAGACCAUCAACAGAAUACCCUCAACCCCAAGUCCUUUAAUACCAACCUGGCUACCGGCUUACCCAUCGAAUUUGGAUUGAACGUGUUGACCAAGAACAUGUCCGUCGUUACAAAUUAUUCGGCUGACAGCCGUUGGCAGCCGCAAUGCUGA